CGUCUUUUCUUCUUGCCACCAACCCCGACGACAGUGAUUUCUUGCACUUUGCUUUUAUACCACGACUUUCCGAGUUGAAAAUGAGGCCACAGGUUGAGGAGAUAGAAGACGAUUUCGCGGCAGAGGAGGAGAACAAGCUGAUCAAUGAGGAAUACAAAACAUGGAAAAAGAAUGCGCCAUAUCUCUACGACCUCGUUAUCACGCACGCGCUUGACUGGCCCAGCUUGACUUGUCAAUGGUUCCCCGACAAAGAAUCCCCACCCAACAAACCCUAUUCCAUCCACCGUCUCCUCUUUGGGACCCACACCUCCGGCCAAGCCCAAGACUACCUCCAAAUCGCCACCGUCUCCAUCCCCAAACGUGACAACUCCCCAAGCUCCGACAAAUUGGACCGCAGUGACUACGAUGACGAGCGUGGGGAGCUUGGAGGACACACUAUCCCACCUGCGCCCCGCAUCCAAGUUAUCCAGAAGAUCAACCAUGCCGGAGAGGUCAACCGAGCGCGGUACAUGCCUCAGAAUCCUGAUUUGAUCGCGACAAAGGCCGUGACGGGUGAGGUGUUGGUGUUUGAUCGUACGAAGCAUUCGAGCGAACCUGAAAGAGGCGGAGUGUGUAAACCUGAUAUACGGCUGGUGGGGCAGUCAAAGGAGGGUUUCGGUUUGGCCUGGAAUCCCGUCAAGGCUGGGAACGUGCUUGGUGCCUCUGAAGAUACGACCGUUUGCCACUGGGACAUAAAUUCGUACCAAAAAGGACAGUCAACGAUCCAGCCAACCGCAAUCUACAAGGGCCAUACUUCUGUCGUUGGGGACGUGGAUUGGCAUGCGACAAAAGAAACUGUAUUUGCCAGCGUUGGUGACGAUAAAAUGCUCAUGCUUUGGGAUACAAGGACACCCGCAGAACCAAUGACCAAAAUACAAGCUCAUGACCGUGAAAUACUGGCGGUGUCAUUCAGUCCGGCGAGCGAACACCUGCUCGUUACAGGGAGUGCCGAUAAAACUGUAGUACUUCAUGACACGCGAAACCCGACGAAAAAACUGCAUACAUUUGAAUCUCAUACGGACGAUGUCUUGCAUCUCGCCUGGUCGCCACACAGCCCCACAAUUUUUGCUUCUGCUUCCAGCGACCGCCGUAUAAACAUCUGGGACUUAUCCCUGAUAGGUUCCGAACAGACACCCGAUGACCAAGAAGAUGGACCGCCCGAAUUGCUGUUUAUUCAUGGAGGACACACAUCCCGACCAUCCGACUUCUGUUGGGCUCCUGGUAAAAUGGAAGACUGGACUGCUGCCAGCACUUCGGAGGACAACGUGGUCAUGGUCUGGCAACCGACCAUGCGGGUGUGGGCUGGCGACGAGGUCAAAAUUGAGGAGAAGGAAUUGGAAAGCGAUGCUAUGGAGGGUAUUGAGGAAAGUGCUGCGAGUGGAUCUAAGACGAAAGCUAGUGGAAGCAUGAGCAGUAAGAGCAUGAGUGUCAGUCCCACCAGCGACUGAUAUGUUUAUCUUGUAUUUUUUUGCGUUGAUUAUGGAUAAAUGCGUUCGAGUCAAUAUAAGACGGAA